AGGGCUGCUUUAGAAGAAGUAGAAGGAGAUGUGACGGAAUUGGAACUGAAACUUGACAAGCUGGUGAAGCUUUGUAUUGCAAUGAUUGAUACUGGGAAAGCAUUCUGCACAGCCAACAAGCAGUUCAUGAACGGAAUACGAGACCUUGCGCAAUAUUCCAGUAAGGAUGCGUUGGUUGAGACUAGCUUGGCAAAGUUUUCUGACACCUUGCAGGAAAUGAUCAACUAUCACAAUAUCCUGUUUGACCAAAUCCAAAGAUCAAUUAAAGCACAACUUCAGAGUUUUGUUAAAGAAGACAUUAGGAAAUUUAAAGAUGCGAAGAAACAGUUUGAGAAAGUUAGUGAAGAAAAAGAGAAUGCUCUCGUAAAAAAUGCCCAAGUGCAAAGAAAUAAGCAGCAUGAGGUAGAGGAGGCAACCAAUAUUUUGACUGCAACACGGAAAUGUUUUCGGCACAUAGCUCUGGAUUAUGUUCUUCAGAUCAAUGUUCUUCAGUCUAAAAGGAGAUCAGAAAUCUUAAAAUCGAUGUUAUCGUUUAUGUAUGCUCAUCUGGCUUUUUUCCAUCAAGGCUAUGAUCUCUUCAGUGAGCUUGGGCCCUACAUGAAAGAUCUUGGCGCACAGCUGGAUCAGUUGGCUGUAGAUGCUGCAAAGGAGAAGAGAGAUAUGGAGCAAAAGCACUCCACUAUUCAACAAAAGGCUGCUUUGCAGGAUUACUCCAGUGACGAUACUAAAUUAGAAUACAAUGUAGAUGCAGCCAAUGGUAUUGUUAUGGAAGGUUAUCUAUUUAAGCGAGCCAGCAAUGCCUUCAAGACUUGGAACAGGCGCUGGUUCUCGAUACAAAAUAACCAACUUGUAUACCAGAAGAAAUUUAAGGAUAAUCCCACGGUAGUCGUUGAAGAUUUGCGACUUUGCACAGUUAAACACUGUGAAGACAUAGAAAGACGUUUCUGUUUCGAGGUGGUUUCACCAACAAAAAGCUGCAUGCUCCAGGCUGACUCAGAAAAGCUGCGGCAGGCAUGGAUUAAGGCUGUUCAGACCAGUAUUGCUACAGCAUAUAGAGAGAAAGGGGAUGAAUCUGAGAAACAGGAAAAGAAAUCAUCCCCUUCUACUGGAAGCCUGGAGUCUGGCAGUGAGACAAAAGAGAAAUUGUUAAAGGGAGAAAGCGCUCUACAACGAGUUCAGUGUAUUCCUGGUAAUGCUGCGUGCUGUGAUUGCGGUUUGGCAGAUCCUCGCUGGGCCAGUAUCAACCUAGGAAUCACGCUGUGCAUCGAGUGCUCUGGUAUACACAGGAGCCUAGGAGUCCACUUUUCAAAAGUAAGAUCUUUAACACUGGAUUCAUGGGAACCAGAACUUCUGAAGCUUAUGUGUGAAUUAGGAAAUGAUGUUAUAAAUAGAAUAUAUGAAGCGAAGCUGGAAAAAGUGGGAGUAAAGAAGCCGCAACCUGGAAGCCAAAGGCAGGAGAGAGAGGCAUACAUCAGAGCAAAAUAUGUGGAAAGAAAAUUUGUAGAGAAGCAGCUUGCAGCAGUACCUCAGCUUGAAUCUGGAACAAAAAUUUUGCCUCAGAGUCAGGAGGAGAAAAGGCACAGUGGCCCUGAAAAAUCCCUCUUGGCAGGUGAACAAGGUGCCGUGUCCCAAAAAGCGGUUGCUGUAAGUAGCGACGAGGCGAGGCGGGAGUCUCUGUUCUGUCCUGAUGAACUAGAUUCACUCUUCUCCUACUUUGAUACCUCUUCAAAACUACGUAGUAUAAGAAGCAGUGACAGUGGGAUCCAGCAGAGUGCCGAUGACAGCAGAGAACACCUUGCCUCUACUAUAUCAGCUAACAGUUUGUAUGAACCAGAGGGAGACAAGCCAGAGUCUUCUGUGCUUUGUGACUCCAAACAGCCUAAUCCAGGAUUGCAGCUUUAUCGAGCUGCCUUUGAGAAGAAUCUUCCCGAUAUGGCAGAAGCCUUGGCCCAUGGAGCUGAAGUAAACUGGGUCAAUAUAGAAGAAAACAAAGCAACACCGCUCAUUCAGGCUGUACGGGGGGGCUCAUUGGUUACUUGUGAGUUCUUACUGCAGAAUGGUGCCAAUGUGAACAACAGGGAUGUGAAAGGAAGGGGACCUCUGCACCAUGCCACGGUUCUAGGACAUACUGGACAAGUGUGUUUAUUCCUAAAACGAGGAGCAAACCAGCAUGCAACUGAUGAAGAUGGGAAAGAUCCUUUGAGUAUAGCUGUAGAAGCUGCAAAUGCAGAUAUUGUAACAUUGUUGCGUUUAGCAAGGAUGAAUGAAGAAAUGCGCGAAUCGGAAGGACUGUAUGGACAGCCAGGAGAUGAAAUUUAUCAGGACAUUUUUCGUGACUUUUCUCAAAUGGCAUCAAAUAAUCCAGAGAAGCUAAACCGUUUCCAGCAGCCAGACUCACCGAAGUCUUAAAUAUCAAGAAGGAAAAGAACCAAACCUGAUUCUACUCUUUAUAGUGCAAGUUUUUUUUUUUUUUUUUUUUUACUUUAACAGAAUGACUUAUAUGCAUUUUGAUAGAUAUUUAAUAGUUUGGAUGAAUUGACCACUCUAAUGUAGCUUUAGACUGUGGUAGCUGGGGAAAUGUAUAAGGGUUGUUGUUCUACAUACAGUACAUAUACCUCAGCAGUUGAAGAAAAUGCUUAAGAAAAGCAGUGCCUGCUAGCAAGUUGGUCUGUGGCUCAUACAUGAAGUCAGCAGAGUGUAACUGUAUGGGUUGCAGGCCCUGGAUGACAGGAUGAUCAGAGCAGCUUUGCUAACGAGCAUCCCCUACCAUCAGCAGUCUCCCUGUUACCAUCAAGAACAUGCCUCUGGCAAGGUGGUCCAGCUUGCUUUUUCUCAGUCUGUUUGAAAGGGAAAUUGGACAGUAACUUACUGAAUCAUCCUGCAGUUUGUGAGCCCAUUACUUGUAAGAUCCUGUUGUUCAUACACUGAUUAUGGUUAGAGGUAGGCUGUUAAUAACAAGACAAGUAACUUAAGCUCUUUUGCAAGCAUUUUUUAGUGGAACCUUUAACACCAGGCUGGCCUUUGUGCUGGUGACUGCGGGUCAGUCACAAUAGGUAUUUAUCUGGAAGGACCAAAUUUUGAAGAGCAGUUUAUUUUCCUUUUUUAAUUUCAUGCUGUGAAGGAAGUUUUCUUUUAGAUGAGCAUGUGGAGCCUUUCAUGAAAAAAAUAAAUUUGAUCCUGCUGGCUAUAAUGUGGGUUUUUUUUUUUCUCUCCCCCACCCCCCAAGUAUCUUUACAUUAACAUUUGAAACUU